GAAUUUGUUAAAUCGAUUAUGGUUGUUUGGAAUUAUUCUACUUGCGGAUGAACUUAACUUUCUUUUGGAGCUCUUUUUCUUACUUAGAAAAAGAAGGCGAUGCAGAAACCAAGCGCCUUCUGAAUCCCCACCCGCUACUAAAAAAUUUCCUUUGUAUUCUGAAGCUUUCAUGGCCCCGACAGUCUGAUUCUGCUGCUACUUCUCUUCUCCAAGGUGAUAAGACAAAUUCCCUGGAGCUUCCAUUACUCCGUACAGCGUCCACCGCCGCUCUCUUGAGCGCUCCUGCCUUCAUUUUCUCCGGACAGUCUCCCCUCAAAGACAUAGCGAUCACUUUCCCCAACUCAUCAGAAUCAGCCACCGAGUUCGCCCCCUCACAAACCCGCACCGCCACUCCCAUGUCGUCCACCAAUAGCUUAGCGUUCACGAACUGGUCCGCCUCCAUCGGCCAACCCAAUAUCAGCACCCCCGCCGUUACGCUUUUAAGCACAAUUGCGAGGUUGACGACGAUACAUAACGGACUUUAGCAGACAAUAUUUAUUAGCUGUGGGUUUGGGUGGUGUUGGUGCUAGCAAAAACGCUUUGACACAAAAGAUGCGUUCUAAAAUCUUGAGACUGACAUGAUACAUA